UGCUAGCGACGCAAGACUCUGCCUGGGAGGGGAGGGAUGAUGGAGCUAAGAUGGCAGCCCAACUGAGGGUGCUGCCUCUCCGGGGUCAAGAAAUAUUCAAGGAACGAAUAAAAACCGAAAUACGACAAGGCGGUAUUUGGGAAUGAAUGUUGACGUUUCUGCGAUUUUACAAAAAAAAAAAAAUCUGCUAUGGCUUGAGAAAAUAUAUUUUCAGGCGACAAGCACCGUGUUGACGCUUUGGCCGGAUCGGAAGACAGACCGUAGUUGCACCACCAGAUUGGCUACAAUUUGCGCUUAUAUUAACCGUGGACCGUGGAUGCUAAUUGUGGUAUUUCUGCAACUUGGAAUGGGCAAAUUAUGUGACAUGUGGAGGAUUUAAUGUCAAGAGGAUUGCAUCUGAUGGCUAGAUAUCAUCUAGCUGUGAUAUCUUUUGAGUGAUAUAUGCAUUGUUCUCCAAAACGAUGAUGUGUGCUGCUGCGGCAGCGGCCGCCGGUGGUGGGAUUCUAUCCUCCUCAUCACCGUCGAUGGGGCUGGGUGUCAGGGUCAUUUCUGGAGCAGGAGCCGAUCUCUCCACCAUUGGUUCGGGUAUGGGUUCUUGUCCGACCCCCGGAGCCCAGUCGGAUUGUCGGACUCGGUACCAGCUUUUACUCUCAGGACGAGCUCUGGCGGAGAGAUACAGGCGGAUUUAUACCACCGCAAUCAACGAUAAAGAGCAAGGGAUAAAUCAAGGAAGGGGAAAGAAGGCUUUGAGUAAGAAGAAACUCAAAAGGCGACAGAAGGUCAAGUCAAAAGUCAAAUCAAGAACAAAGGCUGAGAGUCUAGAUGGAGCCCUCUGCGUGCCGGACAUCAAGCUGCACAGCAACCCAUCUGCAUUCAACGUCUACUGCAAUGUGCGGCACUGUGUGCUGGACUGGCAGCAGAGAGAGGCCUCCCUAGCGCUGGCCUCCAGGAGCUCGGUGCAGAGUGGCGACUCAGACAGCGAGGAGGAGGAAGAGUACCGCGAGCCAGCCGUCAAACUGCCAAAGAUCAUUGGCAUUGGACUGUGUGGGGUUUUUGAGCUGAUAAAAGAGACUCGGUUCUCUCACCCUUCACUGUGCCUGCGUAGUCUGCAAGCCUUGUUGGACAUGCUGCAGGGACAACAGCCCGAGGGCUUUCAGACUGAGCCUCCUGACGUUCUAGAGUCUCUAUUCCAGUUGUUGUUGGAGACCACGGUCCGAAGCACAGGGCCCAAUGACCCGACGGGACAGGCUAUCACUGCCCUGUCCUGCGCCUGCCUCUUCAGUCUGGUGGUGGCCUGGGGAGACACCGGCAAAAUCCUGCAGGCUGUGUCUGCCAUCCUCACCAAUAAUGGCAGCCACGCCUGCCAGACGAUACAGGUGCCCACCAUAUUGAAUGCACUACAGAGGAGUGUACAGGCUGUCCUCGUGGGGAAGAUUCAAAUUCAGGAUUGGUUUGGGAACGGCAUCAAACGAGCGGCCCUGAUGAACAAGUGGAUCCUGAAAGAGGUGGCAAUUGACGACGAUGAGCGUUGUCUUCUGCAGACAGAUGGCUCCUUCCUGUAUUUGCUCUGCAAGGACGGACUCUACAAAGUGGGCUCUGGAUACAGUGGCACUGUCAGGGGCCAUGUGUACAACUCCACAUCUCGAAUCAGGAAUCGAAAGGAGAAGAGGUCAUGGCUGGGCUUUGCUCAGGGUUACUUGUUGUAUCGGGACACAAGUAACCACAGUAUGUCGGCCGUCAAGAUCAACCCUGAGACUCUGGAGCAUGAGGGGACAGUCGCUAUGCCAGGUCAACACUCAGAUGGGCAGAACAUCAUCUUCACAGAUGGAGAGUACAUCAACCAGAUCGCAGCCUGCAAAGAUGAUGGUUUUGUGGUGCGGAUCUAUACUAUGAGCUCAGACCCGGCCCUGCAGCAGGAACUGCAGCUGAAGCUGGCAAGGAAGUGUCUGCACGCCUGCGGCAUCUCUCUCUUUGACCUCGAGAAGGAUCUGCACAUCAUCAGCACAGGAUUUGAUGAAGAGGCAGCAUUGCUUGGAGCAGGCAGGGAGUUUGCUCUGAUGAAGACCGCCUCAGGAAAGAUCUACUACACAGGAAAGUACCAGAGCCUGGGUAUAAAGCAGGGAGGCCCGUCAGCAGGAAAAUGGGUUGAACUGCCUGUUACAAAGUCUCCUAAGAUUGUUCAGUUCUCAGUUGGACAUGAUGGCUCUCAUGCCCUGCUAGUAGCCGAGGACGGUAGCGUGUUCUUUACAGGCUCCGCCAGCAAGGGAGAGGAUGGAGAGUCCACAAAAAGCCGCAGACAGCCCAAACCGUACAAGCCUAAGAAGAUGAUCAAACUAGAGACCAAGACGGCAGUGUAUACAGCAUGCAACAAUGGCAGCAGCAGCAUUGUCACCAAGGAUGGAGAGCUCUACAUGUUUGGCAAAGAUGCCAUUUACAGUGACAGUACCUGCCAGGUGACAGACCUGAAAGGUCACUUUGUAACUCAGGUUGCCAUGGGCAAGGCCCAUACAUGUGUCCUGACCAAGAGUGGUGAAGUGUGGACAUUUGGUGUGAAUAAUAAGGGCCAGUGUGGCAGAGACACUGGGGCAAUGAGCCAGGCAGGGAAAGCGUUUGGUGUGGAGAGCAUGGCCACAGCCAUGGAUGAAGACCUGGAGGAUGAGCUGGAGGAGAAGGAGGAGAAGAGCAUGAUGUGCCAGCCAGGCAUGCACAAGUGGAAGUUGGACCAGUGCAUGGUCUGCACAGUAUGUGGAGACUGCACUGGCUACGGUGCCAGCUGUGUCAGCAGUGGACGGCCAGAUAGAGUACCAGGAGGUAUCUGUGGCUGUGGGUCUGGAGAGUCUGGCUGCUCAGCGUGUGGCUGCUGCAAGGCCUGUGCUAGGGAGCUUGAUGGUCAGGAGGCCAGACAGAGAGGCAUCUUCGAUGCUGUGAAGGAGAUGAUUCCUCUGGACCUGCUGCUAGCUGUGCCUGUCCCUCCCCCUCCAGGAGUGAACAUCGAAGAACACAUUCAGAUCCGUCAGGAGGAGAAACGACAGAGGAUCAACCGCCGGCACAGGCUGGAGGAGGGCAGAGGCCCCCUUGUUUUUCCUGGUCCCAUUUUUAUGAACCAGCGUGAGCAGGCCCUAGCCAGAAUAAGACCCCUUCAGGCACUAAGGCAUAAACGGGACAAGCACAAAGAUGGUAGCAGUGAGCGAGGAGAGAAGGAUGCCAGCAAAAUCACCACUUACCCCCCAGGGGCAGUGAGAUUUGACUGUGAGCUCCGAGCUGUGCAGGUCAGCUGCGGAUUUCACCACUCAGUGGUGUUGAUGGAAAAUGGAGAUGUCUACACGUUUGGUUACGGUCAACAUGGGCAGCUCGGACAUGGAGAUGUCAACUCCAGGGGUUCUCCAACUCUGGUGCAGGCUCUUCCAAGUCCGAGUGUCCAGGUAACAGCCGGCAGUAACCACACAGCAGUGCUCCUGAUGGAUGGGCAGGUCUUCACAUUUGGCAGCUUCUCGAAAGGGCAGCUUGGCCGGCCCAUCCUAGACAUGCCCUACUGGAACGCCAAGCCAUCUCCCAUGCCCAACAUUGGUGCCAAAUAUGGACGAAAGGCUACCUGGAUCGGUGCCAGUGGAGACCAGACGUUCCUGCGGAUCGAUGAGGCUCUUAUCAACUCCCAUGUCUUAGCUACUUCAGAGAUCUUUGCCAGCAAACACAUUAUUGGCCUCGUGCCCUCCUCUGUGUCUGAGCCACCUCCAUUUAAAUGCUUGCUUAUCAACAAAAUGGAUGGAAGCUGCAGGACCUUCAAUGACUCUGAGCAGGAAGACCUGCAGGGAUUUGGUCUGUGUCUGGACCCUGUGUAUGAUGUCAUAUGGAGGUUCUUGCCGGCGGCAAGAGAGAUUUGGUGCUACAAUGCAGUAAUAGCUGAUGCCAGGAUGCCCUCUGCCACAGAUCUACAGGCUCGCUGUAGCAUCCUUAGUCCAGAGCUUGCUUUGCCCUCAGGAUCACACGCAACCACCACUCGCUCUCACGGAGCCCUACACAUCCUUGGUUGCUUGGAUACUUUGGCAGCCAUGCAGGAGCUAAAGAUGGGUGUAGCCAGUGCAGAGGAAGAGACCCAGGCAGUGAUGAAAGUCUACUCCAAGGAGGACUACAGUGUGGUGAACCGCUUUGAGAGUCAUGGUGGUGGUUGGGGUUACUCAGCCCACUCUGUAGAGGCCAUCCGCUUCUGUGCUGAUGCAGACAUCCUGCUGGGUGGCUUGGGCCUGUUUGGGGGUCGAGGGGAGUACACUGCCAAGAUCAAGCUUUUUGAGCUGGGACCUGAUGGAGGUGACCAUGAGACAGACGGCGAUCUGCUCGCUGAGACUGACGUACUGGCCUAUGACUGUGCUGCCAGGGAGAAAUAUGCCAUGAUGUUUGAUGAGCCAGUGCUGCUGCAGCUGGGCUGGUGGUAUGUGGCAUGGGCCAGAGUGUCUGGUCCCAGCAGUGACUGUGGCUCUCAUGGACAGGCUACCAUUACCACUGAUGACGGUGUGGUCUUUCAAUUUAAAAGCUCUAAGAAGUCAAACAAUGGCACAGAUGUCAAUGCGGGUCAAAUACCUCAGCUGCUCUACAGGCUUCCUUCAAAUGAUGGCAACGCAUCUAAGGGGAAACAGCAGACCAGCGAACCGGUCCAUAUCCUGAAGCGCUCAUUUGCUCGCACUGUCUCUGUGGAGUGCUUUGAGUCUCUACUGAGUAUUCUUCACUGGAGCUGGACCACCUUGGUUCUGGGUGUGGAGGAGCUGCGAGGGCUGAAGGGCUUCCAGUACACAGCCACCCUGCUGGACCUUGAGAGACUGCGCUUUGUUGGCACAUGCUGCCUUCGCCUGCUCAGGGUCUACAUCUGUGAGAUCUUCCCCAUUGCUGCCAGCACCAAAGCUGUGGUGGAGGAGUCAAGCAAGCUGGCAGAGUGCGUGGGAAAGACACGCAGCCUGCUGAAGAAGAUCCUGUCAGAAGGCAUGGACAACUGCCUGACCAAACUGGACAAUGACCCCCAGGGCUACUUGUCUCAGCCUCUUACCCUGCUGGAGGCUGUGCUGCAGGAGUGCCACAACACCUUCACUGCCUGCUUCCACUCCUUCUACCCAACCCCAGCUCUGCAGUGGGCUUGCCUCUGUGACCUGCUCAACUGUCUCGAUCAGGACAUUGCUGAAGCCAACUUUCGCACAUCCAGCAGCCGUCUGCUCGCGGCCGUAAUGUCAGCUCUAUGCAACACCUCAGUCAAGCUGACAUCCAUCUUGCCCAUUGCAUAUGACGGGGAAGUGCUGCUGCGUUCACUGGUCAAACAAGUCAGCACAGAAAACGACUCAGCCCUCGCUCACCGCUUCCCCCUGCUGGUGGCCCAUAUGGAGAAACUAAGCCAUACGGAGGAGAACUUGAUGGGCAUGACCAGUUUCCGGGAGGUGCUAGAGAAGAUGCUGGUGAUUGUUGUGCUGCCAGUGAGGAAGAGUUUGAGGAAGGAGGUGGAGCUGUUCUCCCCACACCUGGUCUCCAACACCUGUGGUCUGCUGGCCUCCAUCGUCUCUGAGCUCACAGCCUCUGCCCUGGGUUCUGAGGUGGAUGGGUUGAACUCGCUCCACUCCGUGAAAGCAUCUCCCAACCGCUUCACAAAAACGAGCCAAGGCCGGAGUUGGAACACAGGCAAUGGCUCUCCAGAUGCCAUCUGUCUGACAGUGGACAAACCAGGUGUUGUGCUGGUGGGCGUCUGUGUCUACGGAGGAGGGGGCAUCCAUGAGUAUGAACUAGAGGUGCUGGCUGAUGAUGCGCAGACAGAGCACCCAGGGGACUCCGCACAUUCACACAGGUGGACAUCUCUUGAGCUGGUGAAGGGCACCUACAGCACUGAUGAUUCUCCCAGUGAUAUUGCUGAGAUUCGCCUGGAUAAGGCUGUGCCACUCAAGGAAGGGGUGAAGUACGCUGUUCGAUUGCGAAACUACGGCAGCAGGACAGCCAAUGGGGAUGGAGGUAUGACCACAGUGCAGUGCUCUGAUGGUGUGUCCUUCACCUUCAGCACCUGUAGCUUGAGUAGCAAUGGGACCAACCAGACCAGAGGACAGAUCCCGCAGAUUCUCUAUUACAGGAGUGAGUAUGAUGGGGACCUCCAGUCUCAGCUACUGAGCAAAGCCAAUGAGGAAGACAAGAACUGCAGCAGAGCCCUAUCUGUUGUCAGUGCUGUGGUCAGAGCUGCAAAGGACCUGCUUCACAGGGCAUUUGCUGUCGAUGUGGAUGAUAUUCCUGAGUUAUUGAGUUCCUCCAGCCUGUUCUCCAUGCUCCUACCCCUUAUCCUUGCCUACAUUGGCCCCGUGGCUGCAUCUGUACCGAAGGCUGCUGUAGAGGUCUUUGGACUGGUUCAGGAGCUGUUACCUGCCGUCUCUGCUCUCAACCAAAAAUACGCCCCUCCUACCUUCAACCCAAACCAGUCAACAGACAGCACAACUGGCAAUCAGCCUGAGCAGGGCCUGUCAGCUUGCACCACAUCAAAUCACUACUCAGUAAUGGAGAGUGACCACCCUUACAAGCAAGCAGGUGUCACACAAUACAGGGUAUCGUUCCCAGACUGUGUCCGUUGGACCACCAUUGAGUUUGAUCCACAGUGUGGCACUGCACAGCCAGAGGAUGUCCUGCGUCUGCUCAUCCGCCGAACCCUCCACCUGUCCAGCCUGGGGGGCAAACCUCUGAUCCAUGACACCAUCAACACCUGGACUGAGCUCAAGAAGUUCUCAGGCUCCACAGGCUGGCCAACCACUGUCCUUGUGCUGCCAGGAAAUGAAGUUCUGUUCUCACUCGAAACAGCCUCAGAUUAUGUCAAAGACGAGAAAGCUUGCUUCUACGGCUUUAAGUGUGUGGCAGUGGGGUACGAAUUCAACCCUGGCCCCGAUGAGGGUAUUAUUCAACUGGAGAAAGAGCUUGCCUACCUGGGCAGUGUGUGUGCUGCAGCUCUAAUGAAGAAAGACCUGGCCCUCCCUAUAGGCAAUGAAUUGGAGGAGGAUCUUGAGAUUCUCGAGGAAGCCUCUUUACAGGUGUGUAAGUCCCACUCAGGGAUCCUCGGGAAGGGUCUGGCCUUGUCUCACUCCCCCACCAUCCUAGAGGCUCUGGAGGGAAAUCUGCCCCUCCAUCUCCAAACCAACGAACACUCUUUCCUUGAGGACUUCAUCACCUGUGUACAGAACUCAAGUGGAGGUCGUCUGGCCAGGUGGCUGCAGCCAGACUCUUAUGCCGACCCUCAGAAGACAUCUCUGAUCCUGAACAAAGAUGACAUACGCUGUGGAUGGCCAACUACUGUGGUCGUACAGACCAAAGACCAGUAUGGAGAUGUGGUGCAUGUUCCCAACAUGAAGGUGGAGGUAAAGGCUGUGCCUGUUUCACAAAAGAAGUCAAUGCAGCCUGAGAAUGUGAAGAAGCUGCAGCGGCUACCUGGAAGCUCCUCCCCUUCGUCCUCUGGCCCCGACCUUACUUUUGGAGGUCUGCCAAUGCCCAAGCUGGAGGCCACGUACGAGCCCAUGAUUGUGAAAGAAGCUCGAUACAUUGCUAUUACCAUGAUGAAGGCAUAUGAAAACUACUCCUUUGAAGAGCUGCGUUUUGCUUCCCCCACCCCAAAGAGACCCAGUGAGAAUAUGCUGAUUCGUGCCAACACUGAUGGAACCUACAGCGCCAACUGGACUCCAGGAGCAGUAGGCCUCUAUACGAUCCACGUCACCAUUGAUGGCAUUGAAAUAGAUGCUGGUUUGGAGGUAGAAGUCAAAGACCCUCCCAAAGGCAUGAUACCACCUGGAACUCAGAUGGUGAAGCCAAAGGCUGAACCUCAGCCUAGCAAGGUCCGCAAAUUUGUGUCCAAGGACAGCGCAGGCCUGCGUGUGCGUAGUCACCCCUCCCUGCAGAGUGAACAAAUAGGCAUAGUGCAUGUCAAUGGCACCAUCACUUUCAUUGACGAGAUCCACAAUGAUGAUGGUGUGUGGCUCAGGCUCAAUGAUGAAACAGUAAAGAAGUAUGUUCCCAGCAUGAAUGGGUACACUGAAGCCUGGUGCCUCUCUUUUAACCAGCACCUGGGCAGGAGCCUACUGGUCCCAGCCGACGAGGUCAGGGGCCAAUCGGAGGAGAACGUAAAGGAGGUGAGCAGCUGCCCUUCCCACGAGGCCCCCAUUCGGGUGCAGAACAGGGCAGGGCAGGGCGGCGGCCCGGGGCUUUAUAAGGUAGUGAAGACCGGCCCCUCUGGUCACAACAUCAGAAGCUGUCCAAACCUUAGGGGUAUCCCCAUUGGAAUGUUAGUACUUGGCAACAAGGUCAAGGCCAUAGGCGAGGUGGUCAACUCAGAGGGGACCUGGGUUCAGCUCGAUAAGAACAGUGUAGUGGAGUUCUGUGAGAGCGAUGAAGGAGAGGCCUGGUCAUUGGCCAGAGACCGCGGAGGAAACCAGUACCUUCGCCACGAUGACGAACAAGCAUUGCUUGAGCAUGGGGCCCAGACCCCACCACCCAGCCCUUUCUCUGUGCAGGCCUUCAACAGGGCCACAACUUCAAAUGGAGCACAGGGCUUUGACUAUGGCAUCUCCAACAACAAAGGCGAACGAGGGAGCAUCAUGUCCGCUGCCCGGCCCAUGUCCCCAGCCUCCAAACACCGUCAGGAGAAUCGCUCGCCCAAACAGGAGAGUCGGGGAAGCCGCUCAUCCGAACAGAGCAGGGUCAAGACGGGCGAGGGUGGACUCUCAGCCAGUGAGGCCCUCAUCCUGCGCUCAGACACGGCCAAAUUGAGGUCUGACUCUCACAGUCGCUCUCAUUCGCCCAAUCAUAACACUCUGCAGGCUCUGAAGGCAGAUGGUAGAACCUCUGGACUUCGGGCUGAAUCCCCAAACCCUGGCUCUCGCUCCUCUUCUCCUAAGCAAAAAAGUGUAUCCUCCUCAGGCAGGUCGAGUCCCUCCAACACCUCCUCCCAGCACUCCUCCUCAACCCACCACGACAAGAACCUCCCACCGAAAGUUAGUCCAUCCUCCAAAGCUCGGCUAGACCCUCCCAGGGAGAGAUCCAAAUCAGAUUCAUACACUCUGGACCCAGACACACUCAGAAAGAAGAAGGUUCCACUCACAGAGCCACUUAGAGGCCGAUCUACCUCCCCUAAACCCAAACUGUCUCCUAAAGAUCCAAAUAAAGGUGUGAUCAGUAAUGCAGAGAACCGUGUUCCUUCUCCACAUGUAACCCAAGAGAACCUCCACAGUGAAGUAGUGGAGGUAUGCACCUCUAGCGCUCUCCUCUCCAAUGAGGAUGGCAAUGAUGAGAAUGUGGAGGUCCGCAAUGCUGAAGAAGGUUCAUGUAAGGUGCAUUUCAGUAUCGGCAAAGCCCCUGUCAAAGAGGAGCUAGAGAGCCGCUCUUCACCUAAAGUUAGCCGCAAAACCUCCAGUCGACACACCCGCCCUAAGAAGGACAAAUCUGGGCCCCUCUUUAAAGGUGAGAGUACAUCAAGGGUCACAGAGCCUGCCAAACAGGCCAUGUCACCUUCUGUGGCUGAAUGUGCACGAGCAGUCUUCGCAGCAUUCCUUUGGCAUGAAGGUAUUGUCCACGAUGCCAUGGCCUGCUCCUCCUUCCUCAAGUUCAAUCCAGACUUAACCAAAGAGCAUGCCCCAAUCCGCAGUUCUCUGGGAGGACAGGGUGCAGAGGAGAAGGAAAGUAAGUUAAAGAACCGCCACUCUUUAGAGAUUUCCUCUGCACUUAACAUGUUUAACAUUGCUCCACAUGGCCCAGACAUCUCCAAAAUGGGCAGCAUUAACAAAAACAAGGUACUGUCCAUGCUGAAGGAACCUCCAUUGCCAGAGAAGUGUGAAGAUGGGAAAGGAGAGGCCGUCUCAUAUGAUAUGAGUUCUCAUCCCUCUAUGAGGGCAAAGUCAAUCUUACCGUUAACAUUGCAGCAUUUGGUGGCAUUCUGGGAGGACAUAUCAAUGGCCACCAUCAAGGCAGCAACCCAGAACAUGAUCUUCCCCAGCCCGGGCUCCAGUGCCAUCUUAAAAAAGAAGGAACACGAGAAAGACAGCAAAAAGGCAAAGAAGGAGAAGAAGAAAAGGGAGAAGGCAGAGGUGCGUCCAAGAGGGAAUCUGUUUGGAGAGAUGGCACAGCUUGCGAUGGGUGGACCGGAGAAAGACACUAUCUGUGAGCUUUGUGGGGAAUCUCACCCUUACCCUGUCACAUACCAUAUGAGGCAGGCUCACCCAGGGUGUGGACGCUACGCUGGAGGCCAGGGCUACAACAGUAUCGGCCACUUCUGUGGUGGCUGGGCUGGGAACUGUGGAGAUGGAGGCAUAGGAGGCAGCACCUGGUACCUGGUUUGUGAUCGCUGCCGUGAGAAAUACCUCAGAGAGAAACAGACUGCUGCCAGGGAAAAGGUGAAACAAUCAAGGAAGAAACCUCUGCAAGUGAAGACGCCGAGGGCGCUGCCCACAAUGGAGGCCCACCAAGUGAUCCGGGCAAAUGCUCUGUUCCUGCUGUCCCUCAGCAGUGCCGCCGAGCCCAGCAUGCUGUGCCACCAUCCUCCCCGGCCCCUGCAUUCCCAGCUGCUUCCCAGCCUCAAAGAGGGCGUGUCGGAUGAACUUCCCAAUAAAAUGGGCUGCCUCUACCUACAGACAUUAGCUAGGCAACAUACAGAGAACUUUGGGGCCUAUCAAGAUGAUAACCUCUUCCAAGAUGAGAUGAGGUAUUUGCGCUCCACAUCUGUUCCUGCGCCCUACAUUUCAGUCACCCCCGACGCCUGCCCUAAUGUGUUUGAGGAACCCGAGAGCAACAUGAAAUCAAUGCCCCCCAGUCUCGAGACCAGUCCAAUCACAGACAGCGACACAGCUAAGCGUACAGUGUUUCAGCGGUCUUACUCAGUCGUAGCCUCAGAGUAUGACAAACAGCACUCGCCCUCUCCGGCCCGGGUCAAAGCCGUGCCCAGGCGCAGGGUCCAUAGUGGUGAUGCAGAGGUGGGCUCUUCCCUGUUGAGGCACCCGUCUCCAGAGCUCUCUCGGCUGAUCUCGGCCCAUGGCUCCCUCAGUAAGGGGGAGAGGAACUUCCAGUGGCCUGUCUUGGCUUUUGUUAUCCAGCACCAUGACCUGGAGGGCCUGGAGGUGGCCAUGAGGCAUGCACUGAGGAAGUCUGCCUGCAGAGUGUUUGCCAUGGAGGCAUUCAACUGGCUGCUGUGCAACGUGAUCCAGACCACCUGUCUGCACGACAUCCUUUGGCAUUUUGUAGCAUCUCUCACCCCAUCGCCCUUUGAACCAGAGGAUGAAGAAGACGAUGAGAACAAGGGGAACAAAGAAAUUGUGGAACAGGAGAGAGACCUGGGUGUUUGCGAACACCCUCUGUCAGACAUUGUUAUCGCCGGGGAGGCAGCUCAUCCUCUUCCUCACACUUUCCACCGCCUCCUUCAGACCAUCUCCGACCUCAUGAUGUCACUUCCUAGCGGCAGCUCUCUUCAGCAGAUGGCACUUAGGUGCUGGAGUCUCAAGUUCAAGCAGUCGGACCACCAGUUCCUCCAUCAGAGCAAUGUUUUCCAUCACAUCAAUAAUAUUUUGUCCAAGUCGGAUGAUGGAGACAGUGAGGAGAGCUUCAACAUUAGUGUGCAGUCAGGCUACGAAGCAAUGAGCCAGGAUCUCUGCCUGGUGACCUGUCUGAAGGAUCUGACCAGCGUAGUGGACAUCAAGACGUCCAGUCGUCCUGCCAUGAUCGGCAGCCUCACAGAUGGCUCCACAGAGACCUUCUGGGAAUCUGGAGAUGAGGACAAGAACAAAACCAAGAGCAUCACCAUCAGCUGUGUGAAAGGCAUAAACGCCUCCAACGUGUCUGUUCAUGUGGACAACUCCAGAGACAUCGGGAACAAAGUUACAUCAGUGACGUUCCUAUGUGGAAAAGCAAUAGAGGACCUCUGCAGAAUUAAACAGGUUGACCUGGAUUCACGUCACAUGGGCUGGGUGACGAGCGAGCUUCCCGGAGGAGAUCACCAUGUGAUCAAAGUGGAACUGAAGGGUCCCGAAAACACCUUGAGAGUGCGCCAGGUGAAGGUCCUCGGCUGGAAAGAGGGUGAGAGCAUCAAGAUUCCUGGACAGAUCUCAGCCAGCAUGGCGCAGCAGAAGAACUGCGAGGCCGAGACCCUCCGAGUUUUCCGCCUCAUCACGUCUCAGGUCUUUGGGAAACUAAUCUGUGGAGAUGCAGAGCCGACUCCAGAGCAGGAGGAGAAAAACCUGCUUUCAUCACCAGAGGGAGAAGACAAGGUACCAUCUGAUGCAGACCUUAAAGAGCACAUGGUGGGAAUCAUUUUCAGCAGGAGCAAACUGACUAACCUACAGAAACAGGUGUGUGCCCACAUCGUCCAGGCCAUCCGUAUGGAGGCAACACGUGUGAGGGAGGAGUGGGAGCACGCCAUCUCCAGCAAAGAGAACGCUAACUCCCAGCCCAGUGAUGAUGAUGCCUCCUCGGACGCCUACUGCUUUGAGCUCCUGUCCAUGGUCCUGGCUCUCAGUGGCUCCAACGUGGGCCGCCAAUACCUUGCUCAGCAGCUGACACUCAUGCAAGACCUGUUCUCUCUGCUGCACACGGCUUCCCCACGAGUACAGAGACAGGUGACAUCUUUGCUCAGACGAGUCCUUCCAGAGGUGACACCGGUGCGACUCGCCAGCAUCAUCGGGGUGAAGGCCCUGCCGCCGGCAGACAUCAGCGACAUCAUCCACUCCACGGAGAAGGGUGACUGGAACAAGCUCGGCAUCCUUGACAUGUUCCUGGGCUGCAUUGCAAAAGCCCUCACUGUGCAGCUGAAAGCCAAGGGCACCACCAUCUCUGGCACAGCUGGCAUGGCUGCCGGCAAAGGGGUCACCACUGUCACGCUGCCCAUGAUCUUCAACUCCAGCUACAUCCGCAGAGGAGAGAGCCACUGGUGGAUGAAAGGCUCCACUCCCCCUCAGAUUGCAGAGAUCAUCAUAAAGCUGGUUAAAGACAUGGCAGCUGGCCACCUGUCAGAUGCUUGGUCCAGAGUCACCAAAAAUGCAAUAGCUGAGACCAUAAUAGCCCUGACGAAAAUGGAGGAGGAGCAUCGGUCCCCUGUGCGCUGUAUCGCUACCACAAGGCUGUGGCUGGCCUUAGCAUCACUGUGUGUGCUAGACCAGGACCAUGUAGACAGGCUGUCCUCUGGUCGCUGGAUGGGCAAAGAUGGACAGCAGAAGCAGAUGCCCAUGUGUGACAACCACGACGAUGGCGAGACGGCAGCCAUCAUACUGUGUAACAUGUGCGGCAACCUCUGCACCGACUGCGACCGCUUCCUCCACCUGCACAGACGCACACGCUCUCACCAGAGACAGGUGUUCAAGGAGGAGGAGGAGGCCAUAAAAGUGGAUCUCCAUGAAGGCUGCGGGAGGACCAAACUCUUCUGGCUCAUGGCUCUGGCUGACUCAAAGACAAUGAAGGCUAUGGUGGAGUUCAGAGAGCACACAGGAAAACCAGCUUCCAGCAGCUCAGAUGCCUGCAGGUUCUGUGGUACGAGGAAUGGAACCGAGCUGUCUGCAGUGGGCAGUGUCUGCUCAGACCCAGACUGCCAGGAGUACUCUAAACUGGCGUGCAGUAAGACCCACCCUUGUGGACACCCCUGUGGAGGAGUUAAGAAUGAGGAGACCUGCCUCCCAUGUCUGCAUGGCUGUGACAAGAGCACCGGCUGUCUGAAACAGGAUGCAGAUGACAUGUGUAUGAUCUGCUUCACAGAAGCCCUCUCUGCUGCUCCUGCAGUACAGCUGGACUGCACUCACGUGUUCCACCUUCAGUGCACUCGUCGUGUUCUCGAGAACCGUUGGCUCGGGCCCCGAAUCACGUUUGGGUUCAUGUUGUGUCCGAUUUGUAAGAACAAAAUCAAUCACUCAGUGAUCAAGGACCUGCUCGACCCUAUCAAAGAGCUUUAUGAGGAUGUGAGGAGGAAGGCUCUGAUGAGGCUGGAGUAUGAGGGCUUGCAUAAGAGUGAGGCAAUAACUACACCAGGAGCACGCUUCCACAACGACCCUGCUGGCUUUGCCAUGAACAGAUAUGCGUACUACGUCUGCUACAAGUGCAAGAAGGCCUACUUUGGUGGAGAGGCUCGCUGCGACGCUGAGGCAGGACAGGGAGACGACUACGACCCCAGUGAGCUGAUCUGUGGGGCGUGCUCAGAUGUCUCCAGGGCUCAGAUGUGCUCCAAGCAUGGCACAGACUUCCUCGAGUAUAAAUGUCGGUACUGCUGCUCGGUGGCCGUUUUCUUCUGCUUUGGCACCACGCACUUCUGCAACGCCUGCCACGAUGACUUCCAGAGGAUGACCAGUGUCCCCAAGGAGGAACUGCCCCAUUGUCCUGCAGGGCCCAAAGGCAAGCAGCUGGAGGGUACCGAGUGCCCUUUGCAUGUGGUUCACCCGCCAACGGGGGAGGAGUUCGCCCUGGGCUGCGGGGUGUGCAGGAACGCUCACACCUUCUAAAACAACACGAGACUUUGAGUGAAAACCAGUUUGUCUACUGUGAUUUCUGGCUGCUGCCGCUGCCGCCGCCGCUGAAGCUCAGCCGUGAAGCUUGGCUCUUAAAUUGUCAAGUCUCCUGGACACUGGACCAGGUUUCCGCUCCACGCCAAGAGUCCUCAGGUCGGCUCUUCUACCAACAUCAGUAUCCAGGCCCUGCUACCAACACGAGCUGUGGCACAUUCGGAUUCGGAGCAACCUGAACGAAAAAAAAAAGAACUUAUAGAAUUUUAAAAAAAGAAGAUUAAAAAAAAAAUAAAGAAAAUAACUUGUGACGUGUUUGCAUGCGGCCGUUGUAUUCCCUCGGCUUCUAUAGACAUUGCACACCUCCUGAUCACUGAAGUGUAACAAUACAAGAUUAAACAUUGAAUAUGAAAUAAAUUUAAGGCAACUGUUGAUCAGGGUGGGGUUAAAAAAAUAAGGAACAGGCCGUAUUUCCAGCUUCCUAACUAUAAAUUUAAAAUAUUGUUGUAUGUAAACCUUUUUCGUAAUCUUGUACAGUAUUCUCCACUGUCAAGUGCAUCAUGGGUUGACGGACAAAAAAAGAUGAGUUGGUGAAUAAGACUGUUAAGAAUAUUAUGUUUGGGCGGAAAAUAGUGUACGAUUUAUCUAAUCUUGUAUAUAACGAUACUAUUCAAAAUAGCUGUAUUCCGAAGUUGCUACUCUUCACUUCAGUUUUGUUUGAUAUUCUGGGUUAUGUUUUGAGCCAGAACUUUUAAUGAAGUGCAAUACUGGGUGUGCCUCCUAUUUUGCAGCUGUUUAACCUAUGGAAUGUAUGUCAAUAAAGCCACUGUACAUUUUUA